CUGGAAGCAAGCAAGGAUGGUGUUCCCGUUCACAAGCCACCAAAGUGGCGAAAAAAGGUUGCAGAUGGGAAGUUUGAGAUCGUUUCGGCGCUCUUUCUUCCGGGUCUAAAAAAAGACUUUUUUGCGGAAGUGGAACCCAAAAAAUUCGAAAUUAUUUAUAUCUUGCCGGACAUGCUCAAACUCUACCUCUCUUACAAAGCUGAACUCAAUGUGCUGCCAUUCUGCACUCAGUUCAUUCCAAUCGAAGUGAUUGAGGCUCCAAAGUUCAAGAGUAUCAUCUAUCAUCCAUCUAUUCUUCCGAAGCACAGAGGUGCAUCUGCAAUCAACUGGACUCUGAUAGACGGCGAUAAGGAAGCUGGUCUUACCAUUUUUUGGGCCGAUGACGGCCUGGACACAGGACCAAUUUUACUCCAAAAGAAAUGCAAAGUCGAGCCAAAUGAUACCUUGAACUCGCUGUACAAGAGGUUCUUGUAUCCAGCUGGAGUUGAUGCGAUGGCAGAAGCAGUAGAGCUGAUUGCAGCUGGCAAAGCUCCACGCAUUAUUCAACCCACUGAAGGAGCUUCGUACGAGCCCUACAUUACUGCCAAGCCAGAAUUGGCUGAAAUCGACUGGAAGAAAACACAGCAGCAGCUGCACAACUUUAUUCGUGGAAAUGACAAGGUACCCGGCGCCUGGGCUACUCUCAAUGGAGAGAAGGUAACGUUGUACGGUAGCACCCUCUACCGGGCCCCAGUCCCACCUCCUUCAGCUCGAGAACUUCAAGUGAGCGAAGUCCCCGGAGGCAAAGUCUAUGUUCACGACAAAGGACUUCUUCUACCAGGCAGCGAUGGAAAAUGGGUGAAUGUGGAUACGGUAAAAGUAGGCACAAAAACAAUGCCAGCGAAAAAGUAUGGCGUGGUUGAGGAAAAUGGAGUUAAGAUGGAGUUUUCGCCUGAAGAGCAGAAGGUGGUGGAUGAAGUCAAGAAAAUCUGGGAAGCCAUCCUAAAAACAACUGUAGAAGCAGAUACAGACUUCUUUGAGGCUGGUGGCACAUCAGCUGAUGUCACUCGACUUGUGGAAGAAAUCAAAUUCCAUUCAAAAGUUGAACUGGAAAACACAGAUAUAUACUUGGGUUCAACAUUUGGCGAGAACUGUGAGAUAGUAGUAAAAAAGAUGAGAGGUGGAGACAAGAUUACUGUAGAAUACGAUCCUAUCAUUGUCAAUGCAAAUGGAAUGGAGUUAAAGUUCCCUCAUGAGCUCUUCAUUGACGGCAAAUUUCAACCUUCGUCAAGCGGAAGGACAUAUGACACGAUCAAUCCUACUGACGAAUCAGUCAUUUGCAAAGUUCCCAAAGCUGAUGCGAAUGAUGUGAAUAGAGCGGUUGCUGCGGCGAAAGCGGUCAGUGAAAUAUUUUAAUU